AUGGCCAAAAAGGCCCGUCAAAGAAUCAGCUAUGUUCUGGAAAAUGGCAAGUCCUCGGCCGGCGGGCACCGACUCGGCGUCAACGGACUGGCCGUAGACUCCAACAAUGGCAUACUCUACUCUGGGGGCCGAGACGGCAUUGUCUGCGCCUGGGACCUCAACCUGCCCACCGAACCCUCAACGAACACCGCCUCCAAAUUUCGCGCGCAGACGCAGGCGCACAUGCACUGGAUCAACGAUAUUGCUCUGGCGCAAAACAACACGGCUGUUGUGUCUGGAUCAUCUGAUCUUUCGGUCAAGGUCUGGCGCCCGUAUUCGGAAGAGACCAAUAUUGCGCAUACAAUCGGCGAGCAUGCCGACUACGUCAAGUGUGUCGUCGCAUCCACCACCGACACCACCUCCAACACCAUUGUUGCUGCCGGUCUAGACCGCAAGAUUUGCUGGUGGGAUCUCAACGGCAAGGGCAAAUCUCUGGAAAUCGAUGUCAAGGGCGAAGAAAUUCCUGAAAAGGGCUCCGUCUAUUCCCUCGCUCUUGGUCGCAGCAUCGUCGCCAGCGGCGGCCCGGAAAAGACCAUCCGCCUUCACGACCCGCGCUCCGGCGCCGAGGUCUCCAAGCUCAUGGGCCACCUCGGCAACAUCCGAUCCCUUCUCAUCGACGAUGCCGAUGACACCAUCCUCAGUGCUAGUGCAGACAAGACCAUCAAGCUCUGGAGCGUUCGCGGCGGACGAUGCAUGUACACUUUUACCAUGCACGAUGAGAGUGUCUGGUCUCUUUAUUCCAACGACCCGCGUCUCGGCAUCUUCUACAGCUCGGACCGCAAUGGUAUGGUUGCGAAGACCGAUAUCCGCGGCAGCUUCGACGAUGUCGACAAUGGCCUGAGCCUGGCUCUCGCCCAAGAGCACAUUGGUGUGUCCAAGAUUGUAGCUUCCCAAGGCCAUAUCUGGACCGCCACAAAUAGGUCAUCCAUCAACCGCUGGAGCGAUUUUGAUAUAGAGCAGGAACUGGGUUUGCCACAGGCUCACCGACACCGACGAUCCGUUUCAGCCAUCUCGGGCAAGACGCGUCAGACAUCGCCGCCCAAUGCCGGCGGCACCAAAAAGGAAAUCAAUCCACAAUCUAUUCUCAAGCUAUCAAGCAUGGGCAUGUUCCUGCCCAGGUCAAACCUUGAUGGAGAGACGGCUAAUGAUGAUGGUCCCUCUCGAAGACCCUCGGUAAUUCCUUCGGCGGAGCCAGAGCAAGAAAUUAAGCCUAUCUUCAAUGUACCCGAGGAGACCAUUGAAGGUCAAUUUGGUCUUUUGAAACACAAGCUUCUCAACGACAGAAAACGGGUGCUGACCCUGGAUACGGCUGGCGACGUACUUCUAUGGGAUCUGAUACAGUGCAAACCUGUUCAAAGUUUUGGAAAGCAGCACUUGGAGGAUGUCGCCGAUGUACUUAACACAAGAGCCGCCGUUGCUCCUUGGUGCUCUGUUGACCUUAGCUCGGGCAAUCUGACCGUGAUUUUGGAGCCGUACAACUGCUUCGACGCAGAAGUCUACGCCGAUGAGCUAGAUCUGGAAGACAAGAUUGAUUUCCGGGAGGAUCAGAGAAUCAGUCUUGGUCGGUGGAUUCUGCGGUACCUCUUUGCCAACCUGAUUGAUGAGGAGAUUAAGCGCGAUGAGGCCUAUCGCCACAAAAUUAAUGAAGAGGUGGAAAAGAAGAUUUCUGCAGCCGCUGCCAGUGCGCCAGCCAUGGCUCUCGGUCCAGCUGCUCUCGCCUUCAUCGAUAACGCGGCCACUCCGCGCGCUGAUGGCCUGCAGCCUGCAACGACGCCUGGCAUUGGCAUAGUCAACACACCGGGUGUAGCUGUUGAAUCGAGCAGCGCUUCGCAGGUCGGCCGCCCGUCUGCCGACAGGGGUGACUACUUUACUGCUGGUAUCGCUCCUGUUGACAAUCCGCCUACUGUCAGAACUCCAGCGCCAGAGACGGCGGAGGGUAAGACCUCAACUGAAAAUACGGAGAAGUCUAAGGACAAGGAGAAGCCGUCGGAUGGUCCCAAGUCGCCCAGCACACCGUUUGGCAAGAAGUUCCGCAUGUCAUUCAGUUCCAAGAAACUUGGGCGCUCGGCCUCGCAGGCGACGCAGGAAAAACCUGUCGUCGUGGAUGAAAAGGCUGUCGAAUCGGAAACGUCUUCCAGCCACGAAAAGGAAGUCGACGAUAGUUUCUAUGGCAUCAUUCAAAAGAUUCGCCAUGAAUACGAGAGACAGCUCUCCGAUUCGCCGGACAAGCUGGUCGAGACACGCGUCACCCCGAGUCUAGCCGUUGAUACUCCGGUACUAAAGCUGCCGCCUGGCACCAAGGUCAUUAUCCAAGAAGAGACGUCGGGCGGGAGCUCCAACGUGUACCAAGGCACCGUCGAGAGCGUUGGCCGCGACGCCGACAUUAUCGAGCAAAAGGCGCCCAUGUGGCUGGGAGAUUUGCUCUUGCAGAACCAGGUCCCCUUCAAGGAGCCCAUCAAGAUUUCCUUUGUCCUGCACCCGCUAGAUGGUCUGCCGGCUGUCGCCACCGACGGCAGCAGCCGUCUCAACGCCAACCGCAUGCUGCGUGUCAAGAAGAUUUUGGGUUACGUGGCUGAGCGCAUCGAGCCGCCGCCCGGCCCCGAUGAGGAGGGCGCGCAGAUGGAUCCAGAGGAGUACUUAGAGCUGUACUGCAACGAGCAGCUCCUGGAGCCGACGCUGACGCUCGCUACGCUGCGCACGCACAUCUGGAAGGGAGGCAACGACAUUGUCCUCUACUACAAGACGAAUGGCCGCAAGGAGCUGCGGCCAUUACCCGUGCCGGAGCCCGAGCAGCCCGAGCCGCAGCCAGAGGAAGUGCCAGCGAGCCCUGCGCCCGUUGCCGCAACUUAG